AUGCCAAGGGCAAAUUUUACUAUAAGUGAGUUUACCCUAGAGGGUUUCUCCAGUUUUGGAUGGAAACACCGGCUCAUCCUCUUCAUAAUUUUCCUCACUCUAUACCUACUAACUUUGGCCAGCAAUGCUCUCAUCUUGACCCUCAUCUACCUCAAUCGACAACUUCAUACACCCAUGUACUUCUUCUUGAGUGUACUAUCUGUCUCAGAGACCUGUUACACUAUGGCUAUCAUACCCUGCAUGCUGAAUGGACUCUUGCAUCCAUACCAAUCUAUUACCAUUCCAGGUUGUGCCACACAGCUCUUUUUCUAUCUUAUCUUUGGUGUCAACAAUUGCUUCCUUCUUACAGCCAUGGGCUAUGACCGCUAUGUGGCCAUCUGUAAUCCCUUGAGAUACUCAGUAAUCAUGGGAAAAACAACAUGUGUUCAGCUAGCAUGUGGUUCCUGGAGCAUGGGCCUUGGCACAGCCAUCUUUCAGGUGUCAUCUGUGUUUACCCUGCCUUUCUGCGAUGUUAGCGUCAUUUCCCAUUUCUUUUGUGACAUUCGCCCCUUGCUGAAACUUGCCUGUGCAGACACAACUAUUAAAGAACUCAUCACCUUGUUCAUCAGUUUGGGUGUUAUUGUUCUGCCUAUGGUCCUGGUCUUCAUCUCCUACGUUCUCAUUUUUUCCACCAUCCUCAAGAUUGCCUCUGCUGAGGGGCAACGGAAGGCUUUUGCUACUUGUGCCUCUCAUCUCACUGUGGUCAUUGUCCACUAUGGCUGUACUUCCUUUGUCUAUCUCAAGCCCAAGUCCCAGAAUUCCCUGGAAGACAGACUUAUAUCAGUGUCUUACACUGUCAUCACGCCCUUGCUGAACCCUGUUGUGUAUAGCCUGAGGAAUAAGGAGAUCAAAGAUGCCUUACGCAGAGUCCUAGGCUGGAAAACCUUCUCUUAG